CUCCCCCCCAGGUGCUCCAGCUGUGCAGUAUUUAAUGUCAAUAGCCGAGGCGCUGGGUUGGUAUUGGGCAGGCGAGUUCCCUGGCGCUGCAGACCUGCCACUAGUUCUCUUGGCUUUAAUUAAAGGCUCUGGCUUUUAUUUCUUCCUGGCAACUCGGACCAGUGCAUUUAAAAACAAUGUAUAGCUGAUGCUCUUGCACUGGCACAAGAAACAGCAGCUGUUUUCCAUCUCGGUGUGUCCGCGGUAGGGAUUGGGGCAAUCCUCCCUCGGGUGCCGAAGAAGAUAUAUGUGCAAAGCGAUGUCUCCCGCUUCCCAACCUCCUCUCCCGCUCGCAUGGACCGUAAGAGGAUUUGGAGGCGUGCGAGCGGUCUGAAGGGUCUCGGGCCAGGUAUUUGCACGCAGGAUCCGAGCUUUGCUAUUACCAUGCGUGCUGGGGGCGACAUCUGGCGCUGGCAGCUCUCUGGAUCCGAUAGAGGGUAAUCCGAACUGAGCAGCGAGAGGCAGAGCCGCGGGGACGCAAGUUCACCCAGCGAGCAUCCUGCCUGCUGGAGUCCGCUGGCUGGGGCACUAGUCUGCAGGCUAAGCCAUGGUGAAGGAGGAAUGCAAAGCGCUGCUCGAUGCGCUCAGCCGGGUGACUGCUUGCUACCGGCACAUGGUGCUGACCAUCGGGGGCACCUCGGACUCGCAGAACCUGCGGGAGGAGCUGAAGAAGACUCGGCAGAAAGCGCAGGAGCUGGCUGUGGCGAAUAGGAACAAGCUCACCGCGGUGCUGAAGGACAAGACGGUGAGUAAGGAGGACAAGGCUGAAUUCGAGAGGCUCUGGGUGAUCUUCUCCACCUGCAUGGAGAUCCUGGAGAUUGACAUGAGGAGAGCCCUGGAGCUGGGCCAGGAGUUCCCUCUCAACGUACCCAAAAAGCACCUGAUCCAGACGGGCAUGAGCGGGGGGACCUCCGGGGUGGCCGCCAGGGCUAUGAGCGUCCAGAACAUGAAAUACGAGGCUGAGCACAACAUAGAUGUAGUGGAUUUGAAAGACCUGGAGAACGAAAUCAACCAAGUAGGGGAGAUGAUGUACGAGAUGGAGAUGAAGGUGAAUGUCCCCCAGUGGACAGUAGAGGCUAAGCAGGACCCUGGGGCUGAACUCAAAUCCACCAUUAGCGUGGGCGCCUCUUCCAUUGGCAUGGUCUCCGCGGAGGAAAACAAAUCCUUCUGCGAUAUCAGCAAAGUUCUGGCUGGGAUCAUUUUCUCCGCGGUGCUCAUUAUCGCUAUUGUCUUGGCGGUGUGUGUGGUAAAACUCUCAUAGGCUGGCUGAGUGUUCCUGCAAGACACAGCGACUCCUCUCUCUCAAAUAUUUCAUGCGGUAUGGUGCGUUUCAAAAACGGUCACUUGGAAGAGCUGACACUUAACACCUUGCAUAUGAAAACCAAUCUUUGGGGGACAUACUAUCUGAUCAUGCAUCGAGCAUCCGCAUGUUUUGGUUGGUUUGUCUGAAAGCUCGGCGGGAAGGGGGGUACAGAUCAGCCUACAGUAUAGGAUGACUUUUUUUUCUGGUCUUGUAACGGUUAACUGUGUGCAAAGUAUCAGGGUAUUAUCACUACAGGCUAUAGCAGGGAUUUGUCUGCUAUUAAUAGAUGACUAUUCUCAGUAGCCUGAAAUUAUUGUUCUUUAAUAGGCUCUGAUAUUCAUUGCUGUCCAUGUUUACAAAGUAGUUGAGAAUUGCACAGGAUUUGGGGGAUAAGAUGGAUGUUUGUGACAAAAUUAAGGGACAUGUAUGUGAGUUUCCCCCUCAAACACACAAUAUUCUGCCCAGAAGGAAAAAAAACAGAAAAAUCUCAGUAAGGAUAUGUAAACAAUGUCUAUCUUAUCUUAAUCCUUGGGGUCAAAACCUAGGAAAGUGUGCGAUCAAUGUUUGAUACCAAAUACUAUUUGCAGAUUUGCACUGUUUGUACAGACCCUAAUUGCACUUUUUGGCACGGCACACACUGAUAAUCACUAACGGCAAUCCAAAUCUGCAAAAAUGACAAUGAUCUUCUUUAGAACAGCAUUCAAAGAGAUGUAUUAACAGGCUCCAUCCUUCACUUUUAUGUAUCUUUUUUAUUUUCUCCAACAAAAAAAAUGAUUUGUGCUUCUUGUCCACAUUCUUCUUUCCAUGCAAGUGGUUGAACUUCACAUCAGCUGUAGAAUAUAUAUUCUAUAUUUAUCCAGAGUUAAAGGCAGCAAUUUUAAAAACAGGUUGUGACAAACUAACAAAGUAAUGUAAAGUGAAAACUGAUGCUCUGGCUUGCCUGUCUCAGUUUUUUCCAGCACAAAUAGAGGUUUAAUCUCACGUUGAUGGGUAGGGAGUCACACACGUGCAACUCCCAUUACUGUUAAUGAGAUCUAGGCAUAUACCUGCAGGAUCCAGAGGACACCAGAUCUGCAGGGCUCAAUCCUGUCAUCUUUAUUUGCUAUAUUAGUCCAACUAAAAUACAGAAUUGGACUUAUGUUGGUGUCAUUUAUUGGGAUGCCUGUGCAGUGGUGGGGUGUAAAAGUGUAAGAACAGAGCAUAAAGCCAAGUUGGACUUUUUUCUUUUUUGUUUAACUAUUUACACAUGGACAGUUUAAACUCUUUUCCCUUCCCAAUAAAACUGAGAGCUGAAAUACCAAUGACUUUGAAGAGAAUUUCCAUGAUCUCUCACAUAAAAAUGCAUGUAUCCAUUUUAUAUAUGCAAAUUAUGUAAAUCUUUUCUGUUUAAAAUAGACCUGUUCCUAUGUGCGGAGAUUUUUAAGUAGCUAUAAAGUGCCAUGGGUAUAGAUAGUAGUAUUCAGGCAAAUAUAAAAACAAGAUACUUUUUAAAUCCUAUAAAGCAGUAAGCGAUAACUUAACAAUUCCUCUGAUCUGGGCAUAACAUUCCUAAAAUUUACCACAAAAUAUGUUGAUUUAAAAGUCACUGGGCAUAUGCAGUAGUGUAUAUAUGUGUUUAAACACAAUCACAUCAGCUUUCUUAAUAAAAUAAUGGUGUGGUUCAAAGAAGGCAAACCUAUUUAAAGUAUUAUUAUUAAUCAUGUUCAUUAUAGUUUUGCCAAAGGGCCAAUCAAGUAUGAGUACCCAUUCUAUCCGGGCACAGUAUAAACCCAGAGCAGAAGAGAGUUCCUUGCUCUGAAGAGCUUACAUUCUAAACUGACAAGAUAGAGGUUGGAGGAAGAUGCUAUGACAUACAAGCAGAAAGUUUCAUGGGGGUAUUUAGAGGGGAUAAGCUAAACAGGAAGAGGGUGAGGGGACAAAGCAGGGAAGAAGAAGGAAAUGAGACAGAUGUGAAGUGGAGGUGAGGAAGCUGGGGGGGGGGAGCAGGAAAGUUGGAGCAAAUGGCUAAUCAACACAGAACAGAGAAAGCACAGUCAAAACUGUAGAAAGUUCUUCAAAGGUACAUUUAGACAGCGAUGCUAUUUUGAGAUAUUCUGGUAUCCCGAAAUUGCGUUUUCCACAUCUUGACAGCACACCCAUUAUUUCAAAAUAACGAGUGUGCUAUUCCAAUGUCCCUAUAAUCCUCAUAGAACGAAGUUUAAGGGACGUUUCAGAAUAGCGCUCUAUUUUGCCACAUUUUGAAAUAAGCUAUUGCACCCCAAAGGACCAAAAAUCCCUGUGUUGGUUACUUCAUUCUGCCUUUACUGGCCACAGUUCCUCAUUGGGUCUUUCUCACUUUUCUCAUAAGCAGCUGCUUUUGUGGAAAAACUUGCCAGUCUAGAUGCAGCCUUUUAGUGGACCAAAUAUUUUGGGAUGAGAGAGAAGUUAUCAAGCUUACACAGAGCUCUUCAGGUCUGGAAAAUAUCCUCAGAAAGUGUCAUAACUAAGG